AUAAUAAAUGUUGUUUAUUAUAUACACUAUACAUACAGUAUCCUUCCAUUUAUUUAUUUUUAUUUAACUUUUAAGUUGUGGGGUACAUGUGCAGGUUUGUUACAGAGGUAAACUUGUGUAAAUGGGGGUUUGUUGUACAGAAUAUUUCAUCACCUAGGUAUUCAGUCUAGGACCCAUUAGUUAUUUUUCCUGAUCCUCUCCCUCCUCCCACUGUCUACACUCUGAUAGGCCCCAGUGUGUAUCGUGCCCCUCUAUGUCUUCAUGUGUUCUCAUCAUUUAGCUCCCACUUAUAAGUGAGAACAUGUGGUACUUGGUUUUCUGUUUCCGCAUUAGUUUGCUAAGGAUAAUGGUCUCCAGCUCCAUCCAUGUUCCUGCAAAGGGCAUGAGAUCAUUCUUUUUCAUGGCUGCAUAGUAUUCCAUGGAGUAUAUGUACCACAUUUUCUUUAUCAAGUCUACCAUUGAUGGACAUUUAGGUUGACUCCAUGUCUUCGCUAUUGCGAAUAGUGUGGCAAUGAACAUACAUAUGUGUAUGUCUUUAUAACAGAACAACUUAUAUUCCUUUGGGUAUAUACCCAGUAAUGUGAUUGCUGGGUCAAAUGGUAUUUCUGCCUCUAGGUCUUUGAGGAAUUGCCACGCUGUCUUCCACAAUAGUUGAAUUCAUUUAAACUCCCACCAGCACUGUAAAAUGUUCCUUUUUCUCCACAACCUCACCAGCACCUGUUAUUUUUUGACUUUUUAAUAAUAGCCAUUCUGACUGGUAUGAGAUAGUAUCUCAUUGUGGUUUUGAUUUGCAUUUUUCUGAUGAUUGGUGGUGUUGAGCUUUUUCAUUAUGAUUGUUGGCUGCAUGUAUGUCUUCUUUUGAAAAGCGUUGUCCGGGCGUGGUGGCUCACACCUGUAAUCCCGGCACUUUGGGAGGCCAAGGAGGGCGGAUCGCCUGAGGUCGGGAGUUUGAGACCAGCCUGACCUACAUGGAGAAACCCUGUCUCUACUAAAAAUACAAAAAAUUAGUCGGGCCAGUCUGUGGCCCAGGGGUUGGGGACCCCUGUUUUAAGGUAUUGCAGAAUUGUUCCCUCCACACACAGCGAAGUGUAAAUCCGUUUAAUCUCUGAACUAUCUAAAGAUGAAUAUGCUGCUGCUCUCCUGCAAUAAAGGGCAAUGACUUAAAAGGGGUGGGGGUGAAGAGGCAGAAAUGUCCUCUGUUUUACUGCUAUGUAAACUGGUCAAGCCCCUUAGAAGCACCACCACAUACCUAACUGUUGUUGAUAAUUAAUUUACCUGAUGCAAAUGAGUGAAAAAUUUAAAUGAUCAUAAUUUACGUUGCCUUUAAACGACAGAACAAUUUAAGUUCUCUAGUUAGCUAGUUCCUUUAAAACACACCCCACAUCACUACCAGAAUCACUGCCCAUCCCCCCCCACCCCCCGCCCAAACAGCAAUGGUUAUUUAUUUCUAACAUAAGCCGGGGACCCUUGCCCCUUAAAAUAAUUAAAUAAUAUAUGCCAUAUUUUCUCUAGAAGGCACUAGAUUUGGCAUCAAAAGACUUGCUUUGGCAUUCAAGAACAGUGUGUUUGAGGAGGAGGCAUUUAUCUUCCCUGAGCCUCAAUUUCUUUAUCUGUAAAACAACAAAGAACAUCAAAGGUCUUUGUAAUUUCUUCCUCUUUCCUCAAAUAACACUUUGCUCAUUACUGCGUUUUUAGAACUUAUAUCCUAGCGUUAAGUGGAAGCUUAACUGGAAGCUCCAUGAAGGUAAGCCUUCCUUUCUGAUAACCUAGCGUAAGAUCAAUAAAUGUUUAUUAAAUGAGGCACUUUACUUCACAAAGGAUAUGGCAUUUUAACGGUUACAAGCGUUCCCAGUCAACACAUCCACAAAGCAUUAGGCCACCUAUAAACUAGGAAUUUAAAAGGCACCCAAAUCCCAGAAGUCCUAGGAGGGCGUGGUGACGCAAGCCGGUGAACGCGGGCCGAUGCUGACAACCCACUCCUGACGCGCUUCCGGUGCGACGCUGUCUCUCCAUGCCAGGACUGAGUUGUGGGGGAGGGAGGCGGUUAGCGGGCUUUAGCGCCUUUUCUGGCGGCGGUAGAUUUGAAGCGCUUCAAAGGACCGGACCCAGAGAAGAGGAAAACUCUACCGGUGCAGAUUAAGUAUUGGAGCCAUGGGAAUAAAGGUUCAACGUCCUCGAUGUUUUUUUGACAUUGCCAUUAACAAUCAACCUGCUGGAAGAGUUGUCUUUGAAUUAUUUUCUGAUGUGUGCCCCAAAACAUGCGAGAACUUUCGUUGUCUUUGUACAGGUGAAAAGGGGACCGGGAAAUCAACUCAGAAACCAUUACAUUAUAAGAGUUGUCUCUUUCACAGAGUUGUCAAGGAUUUUAUGGUUCAAGGUGGUGACUUCAGUGAAGGAAAUGGACGAGGAGGGGAAUCUAUCUAUGGAGGAUUUUUUGAAGACGAGAGUUUCGCUGUUAAACACAACAAAGAAUUUCUCUUGUCAAUGGCCAACAGAGGGAAGGAUACAAAUGGUUCACAGUUCUUCAUAACAACGAAACCAACUCCUCAUUUAGAUGGGCAUCAUGUUGUUUUUGGACAAGUAAUCUCUGGUCAAGAAGUUGUAAGAGAGAUUGAAAACCAGAAAACAGAUGCAGCUAGCAAACCGUUUGCGGAGGUACGGAUACUCAGUUGUGGAGAGCUGAUUCCCAAAUCUAAAGUUAAGAAAGAAGAAAAGAAAAGGCAUAAAUCAUCAUCAUCUUCCUCCUCCUCAUCUAGUGACUCAGAUAGCUCAAGUGAUUCUCAGUCCUCUUCUGAUUCCUCUGAUUCCGAAAGUGCUACUGAAGAGAAAUCAAAGAAAAGAAAAAAGAAACAUCGGAAAAAUUCCCGAAAACACAAGAAAGAAAAGAAAAAGCGAAAGAAAAGCAAGAAGAGUGCAUCUAGUGAGAGUGAAGCUGAAAAUCUUGAAGCACAACCCCAGUCUACUGUCCGUCCAGAAGAGAUCCCUCCUAUACCUGAAAAUAGAUUCCUAAUGAGAAAAAGUCCUCCUAAAGCUGAUGAGAAGGAAAGGAAAAACAGAGAGAGAGAAAGGGAAAGAGAGUGUAAUCCACCUAACUCCCAGCCUGCUUCAUACCAGAGACGACUUUUAGUUACUAGAUCUGGCAGGAAAAUUAAAGGAAGAGGACCAAGGCGUUAUCGAACUCCUUCCAGAUCCAGAUCAAGGGAUCGUUUCAGACGUAGUGAGACUCCUCCACAUUGGAGGCAAGAGAUGCAGAGAGCUCAAAGAAUGAGGGUAUCAAGUGGUGAAAGAUGGAUCAAGGGGGAUAAGAGUGAGUUGAAUGAAAUAAAAGAAAAUCAGAGAAGUCCAGUUAGAGUAAAAGAGAGAAAAAUAACAGAUCACAGGAAUGUAUCUGAGAGUCCAAACAGAAAAAAUGAAAAGGAGAAGAAAGUUAAAGACCAUAAAUCUAACAGCAAAGAGAGAGACAUCAGAAGAAAUUCAGAAAAAGAUGAUAAAUAUAAAAACAAAGUGAAGAAAAGGGCCAAAUCUAAAAGUAGGAGUAAGAGCAAAGAGAAAUCAAAGAGUAAAGAAAGAGAUUCAAAACAUAAUAGAAAUGAAGAAAAGAGGAUGAGGUCAAGGAGUAAAGGAAGGGAUCAUGAGAAUGUUAAAGAAAAGCAGUCUGAUUCUAAAGGAAAAGAUCAGGAAAGGAGUAGAAGUAAAGAGAAGUCUAAACAGUUAGAAUCGAAGAGUAAUGAGCAUGAUCACAGUAAAAGUAAGGAAAAGGAUAGACGUGCACAAUCCAGGAGUAGAGAAUGUGAUAUAACUAAAGGUAAACACAGUUAUAAUAGCAGAACAAGAGAACGAAGCAGAAGUAGGGACAGAAGCAGAAGAGUGCGAUCAAGAACCCAUGACAGAGAUCGCAGCAGAAGCAAGGAGUACCAUAGAUACAGAGAACAGGAAUACAGGAGAAGAGGACGGUCACGAAGCCGAGAGAGAAGAACACCACCAGAAAGAUCAAGAAGUAAAGAUAGGAGGAGAAGGAGGAGAGACUCACGGAGCUCAGAGAGAGAAGAAAGUCAAAGCAGAAACAAAGACAAAUACAGAAACCAAGAGAGUAAGAGCUCACACAGAAAAGAAAAUUCUGAGAGUGAGAAAAGAAUGUACUCUAAAAGUCGUGAUCAUAAUAGCUCAAAUAACAGCAGGGAAAAAAAGGCUGAUAGAGAUCAAAGUCCCUUCUCAAAAAUAAAACAAAGCAGUCAGGACAAUGAAUUAAAGUCCUCCAUGUUGAAAAAUAAGGAGGAUGAGAAGAUCAGAUCCUCAGUGGAAAAAGAAAACCAAAAAUCAAAAGGUCAAGAAAAUGACCAUGUACAUGAAAAAAAUAAAAAAUUUGAUCAUGAAUCAAGCCCUGGAACAGAUGAAGACAAAAGCGGAUGAGUGAGUUAUAUAAACUUACUUCCAUUCUGUUUCAGAUUUUAAGUUUGAGAGACUUGCUAAUGAAUCUCCUUUAUGUUGUUUUCCUUUUCAUUGUUUUUGGAUUGUUUUAUGUUUGUCCUUUUUUUUCUUAAUGUGGAUUUCAUUGAGUUGAUUUUUUGAUAAUCUGCAAUCUGGAUAAUUUGUACUGCUAAAGUUUUAAUAAACUUGACAUGAGAAAAACA